AGUGUGCACACGAGAGAGAGAAUCACAGGGAGAUGCUGUUGCCAGGGAACAGGGAAAAUGAUGAAUCGCCUGAUGCUAACAGUUUAUGUGUGAGCAAAACAGAUAGACUGACAGACAGAGUGAUGGACCAACAGACAAGCACAAACAUAUUGGCUUAUGUUAGCUGAAGAAGAAAACAGAAAAAUUAUAAUGUUAACCUUGUGAGCGACAAAUAGUCAGAGAGAGAGGGAGAGAACCAACGAGAGAGUGAAGGAGAGAGGAGAGGGUGGGAAGCAGAGACGUACCUCAGGUGGGGAUUGCAUAAUAGCAGCAGAGCGCAGUGUAGCGUUCAGCACACCACCCAGCCUCUGUGGGAUUACUGCCUCCUCCAUCACCACAGCAGCUGAGAGGAUCGACACACACACACACACAAACACGACGCAACGGACACCCCUCAUCCUCCCCACCCACGUCCCCUACUUUAGAGAUGGAGGACUGCAGGCUGACCGGCGAGCCGUCUAGGAAACAUCAGAGCGGGCAGUGUGUCGCCAUGGCCACAGGCUGAGGAUUGGCAUCUGUGGUGGAGAGAAAGCUGAACUAGGCGUACGGACCUGAGCAGACCAGCUCCCGUUCAAACGCCCCCCCACCUCCAGCCACCACCACUACCACUACCCCCUCCUCCAGCCAGCCAGCCACCACUUCCUGCCAGGGGCUGCCUGCUUUUAUCUCAGCGCGGGUGGGCAGAGAGGCACCAGGGGCUCCCCCCGCUACCAGCUGCUCCGGCGACGCAGAGGGAGAUACGGAGAUACGGAGCCUGAAGCUGAGUGACCCCAGCCCUGACCUCCUGUGGAGGGUAUGGGUACAGCAGAGGCCACCUUACGCAUGGAGAACAUGGAGGUCAAGGAUGAGUGGCAGGACGAGGACUUCCCCCGGCCUCUGCCUGAGGAUGGAGAAUCAUGUGGCCUGACAGACAACACAACCUACCAUGAUAGUCAUCGUGCUUUUGCAGCUCCCGCUGGCCCUCUACAUGUUGGAGAGGACAUGGUGUCCUCGUCUCGUAGGAAACGGCGGACUCUGAUCGCCCCGGAGAUGAACCUGUCUCUGGACCAGAGUGAAGGUUCUAUCUUGUCUGAUGACUUCCUGGAGACACCUGACGACCUGGACAUCAACGUGGAUGACAUUGACACCCCAGAUGAGACAGACUCUUUGGAGUUUAUCACCAACAGCAACGAGCUGGAAUGGGAAGAUGACACCCCCGUGGCCUCGGCGAAGGGUCCCCCGGGCAACACCGCGGGGCAGGGCAGAGAGGAGGCCGAGGCGGCCAGCCGUCUGUGGAGGACGGUGAUCAUCGGGGAGCAGGAGCAGCGUAUUGACAUGCAGGCCAUCAGGCCGUAUCUGCGCGUCGUCACCCAUGGAGGUUACUAUGGCGAAGGCCUGAAUGCUAUCAUCGUGUUUGCAGCUUGCCAGCUCCCCGAUAGCAGCUGUACGGAUUAUCACUACAUUAUGGAGAACCUCUUCCUGUACGUUAUCAGCAGCCUGGAGAUGUUGGUGGCAGAGGACUACAUGAUUAUUUACCUGAACGGAGCCACUCCUCGGAGGAAGAUGCCUGGCAUCAACUGGCUGAAGAGGUGUUACCAGAUGAUUGACAGGAGGUUGCGGAAGAAUCUGAAGUGUCUGAUUAUCGCUCACCCUUCCUGGUUCAUCCGGACUGUUCUAGCCGUCUCAAGGCCUUUCAUCAGCGUGAAGUUCAUGGAAAAGAUCCGUUACGUGCAGAGCCUGGAGGAACUCGGGCAGAUGGUGCCCAUGGACCUCGUGCAAAUCCCGGAGUGUGUGCUGCAGUACGACGAGGAGAGAAUGAAGGUUCAGAGGGAAAGUCUAGAGCGGGAACAGCAGCAGCCAGAGGCAUCUGCCACUAAAGAGAGUCCACUGUCGAUGGCAGAGGAGGCAGCGCCGUGAGAUGUCAGAGAAGGGUCCUUGAAGAUGCACCUGCUUCUUAACCAGCAGUCCUGCAUGAGUUCAAUGGAAUGGAGAAAUGGACAGCACACUGAAAAGGAAACGUGACUGACUGUCAACUGUAUCGUCAUUCUUGUCUUCACUGCCAAAAGACCCAUGUGGUCUAGUCAGCCUAUACUGAACCAGCUCUUUCCUACAGACACCCUUUGGCACACAUCUUGUCGAACACCGACCUACAAUGAAUUUUCCAUUGUAAAAAAAACAUUCCAUUUUCCAUACCGCACGGUCUUCAGGUGCAGGUCAAUCUUCUGUGGAGGAAAGUACUUUUCGAAGCGUCCAACUUCUCCUCUUUUCAAUGUCUUCAUCUUUUCUGUGGAGGCUCAGUGAAUGUUGACCGCACACACACAUCAGAGCACAACGAAGGCCCACUGCCACCAUGGACUGAUUCGCAACCUUCCAGACCAUAGAACUUGGUCUUGUUCCAAACUGCGUAGGAUACUCCAGAGCUCAGCUCCUUUUUGUGCAUCUGUUUUAAAUCUUGCCUGAUUACGUUUUCAACUGGUUUAGUCAAGUCCUUUCUAUGAGGCAGCUGAGGGGGGGGGGGUUAAGUCUCUGUAACAUAACAUGUGCAGUACUAUACAUGUCUGUAAUGUAAGCUUUGUGGUGAAAACUAACUCUGUCCAUUGCCAUGCUGCUGCAUGUCUCUGAGAUCAGUGAUUUCCUGGACACUGCAGAUCGCCGUGUCCAGAGCACCUCAUUAGUAGAAAGUGACCAGAAGCAUCAAGGGACUAUUAUUACAAAUCAAAACAGACUCAUUGUGGUAACAGGGUUGUUUCUCAAUGUCUGUAAUUAAUGAUGCAGUUCAUUUAAAAGUGAUCUUAACUUGUUUGGUGGUCGAAUUAGUGACAGUACGUGUCCUGGCCUGGAGAGUGAAUGAGGUGGUUAUGUUCUGUAAAAUGCGGUAUUGUAUGUAAACUGUAAGACUUUUGCCAUGUGAAAAUGAAUUUCUUAAUCUUGUACAUUGACAAAUGCUUCAACUACCUGAGGAGGCCUUUGAAAACGAUUCAAUGAAAAUAAGAGACAUAAAACUGAGGUUAUCUGGUGUAUUACCCUA